UAAGGAUGCCAGGUGAUAAACUCACGUGACAUGUUGUCUCCUUCGGACAAUGGAGAGCCGCAUUCAAGAAAACCUAUCUUGAACUUCUCUCUCCCCCCAUGCCCUAAUUAAUUGAUAUCUCAAUCUCCUAUCUCCUCCUUUCAUCCAUUCCUCUCUCCCUUCUGAUUUGUACUGUACCUCUAUUACCUAAUAACCCUCUCCUCCCUCUCUCUGUCACCGCAGGCAAUUUCAAAUAGUCCCCCAAUCUAACCCCCGGACACCUCCCUUCUCCCCUCUCCCACUUCCCACUUCACCCCGUUAUCCGAAUGAAUAACAUAUAUAAUUAAAAGAUAAGAAGGUUAGAACAGGAUAUGAUGGACCUGCACGAAACCCAACGCCUCUUCCUCGAGUACCUGCACGAUUUGAGCAACCAGUUCCACCGCGUGCCGGGCUCCGCCAUCCUCCUGCGCUACAUCAAGUCGUCGUACCAAAAUGACCCCGUCCGCUCCGCCGUCGAGCUAUUCUUGUUCCUCUUCGCGGUGAGAUACCUGCUUGCGCCCAAGUAUUCAACGAAGCCGAAUUUCGUGCCGUUAUCGGAGGAGGAAAUUGAUGACCUGGUUGAGGACUGGACUCCGGAACCGCUUGUAACGGCUCCUUCAGCGCGGGAUGAGGCGGAAGUGGAGAAACGGGUUGUGCUCGCUGGACCAACAGGCCCUAAGUCGAAACUCACCAACGGCCGCACCGUGAUCAAUCUCGCCUCUCACAACUUCUAUAAUCUUGUCACGAACGAAAACCUCAAGGAAAAAGCUAUCCAGACCCUCCGCACAUACGGCGUCGGCCCCUGCGGACCACCCGGCUUCUAUGGAACACAAGACGUACACAUGCGCACUGAGGCAGACAUUGCGGCCGCCCUAGGCGUACCUGCCUGCAUCGUCUACGCGCAAGCGUUCUCUACGAUAUCUAGUGUUAUCCCGUCUUUUUCGAAGCGUGGUGAUAUCAUUGUUGUGGAUAAAGGAGUCAAUUAUGCCAUUCGGAAGGGUAUACAGAUCUCGCGUAGCGCCGUGCGUUGGUAUGAACAUAAUGAUAUGGAGGAUUUGGAACGGGUCUUGAACAAGAUUACGAAGGAGCAGGCGAAGAAGCCCUUGACGAGAAGGUUUAUUAUUACCGAGGCGCUGUUUGAGAGCAGGGGGGAUAUGGUGGAUUUACCGGCUAUUAUCGAGCUUAAAUUACGUUACAAAUUCCGAUUAGUCCUGGACGAGACCUGCUCGUUCGGCGUCCUGGGCCGCACCGGCCGCGGAAUCACAGAACACCAAAACGUCGACGCGACAGAGGUUGAUAUGAUCGUCGGCUCGCUGGCCGGGCCCCUUAUUGCUGGAGGCGGCUUCUGCGCUGGGUCAGAAGAAAUUGUCCACCACCAGCGCAUCUCCGCCAGCGCGUACUGCUACUCCGCCGCGCUUCCCGCCCUGCUGGCCACGACGGCUAGUGAAACCAUCACCCUCUUGCAGAAUAGUCCCGACCUUAUCACGCAGCUGCGGGAGAAUAUCAAGGCGAUGUGGGCCCAGCUGGAUCCGCGGAGUGACUACGUCUACUGCACGUCUGCGCCGGAGAAUCCGGUUAUCCAUCUCGUGCUGAAACCGGGUGUUGUCGCGGCGAAGAAGCUCUCCAAUGAGGAUCAGGUGGCUGUGAUCCAGGAUAUUGUUGACGAGGCUCUCGCCAAUGGCGUCCUCAUCACCCGUUGUAAGGCCAUCGAGGACGACGUGAUUCCCAAGCGCAUUGCAACUCCCGCCCCUCCUGCUCUCAAAGUAAGCUUAACGACAGGCAUAUCGCGGAAGGAGGUUGAGAAGGCGGGAACCGUAAUCCGCCAUGCUAUUACGAAGGUUCUCAGACAGAGGCGAUGAUAUUUGUUUCGAGGUGCGGCUGGCUUGGCUUUAUGGGGGCUUGGGGGCUUUCCAGCGUUCUUUUCUGAUUUUCAUGAUGCUGGCUUUUUUUUUCUUCUUCUUCUUUCCCGCAUGGUUGUGGGGUUUUGGUUUUGUCUUUUCUUUCUACUACUAAGAUAAAGGCUUGGGAGACUUCUUGUAAUUCAGUACCACCCCCCCCCCCCCCCCCCCCCCCGGGGGGGGUUUUUAUAUUCUUAUAUAAUAAUGUUAUUCACCUGGUCACCUACUUUUGUUCAACUCACCUGUACCCUAUUAUCCUCCUUAUUUUUCUUUCCCCGUUUUGUCAAUACAUGUUGCCUUGUUUACGACGAGACUGGCGCGAACUACUGGCCAUAGCUUCACUCUUGUUCACUCCUGUCCGACGCCUGUUGAUUCUGUUCCCCCUUCCCUUCCUGGGCUCCUCAAGGAUAAUGUUACAUGUAUGAACCCCAUAAGUGUAACCGCAGAGAUUGCUUAUCUGUACAGGAUAUUUCAUGUCAAUUCCAAUUCCCUGGUUAUGUGCCGGCCCAGGUAUGUGUGUAUAUACAUACAUGCAUCCAUAUACAAUAAUUCGUUCGAUGUUUCAGAAAACCUCGACACCAUCAUCGUCAUACGGCUUACAUCAAACUGGUCAGCCCGUCUUAUCCCCUCUGCUCUGCCCAAUCGAUCCCCCCAUACUAAGGAUGCGUCCUCAAUCACCCAGUUUUUCUGUACCACCCUCCACAACAUGUCAUUCUAUGAAACAGGACUGCUUAUUGAAUGAACUGCGUUUGUUAUUUAAUCAAUGAGACCCAAGGGGAAGAGGAAGGUGAAGUAGUACAUCAGCAACCUGCUAGCUGGUGAUUCUCGUUUGGGUUUGGGGAGGUUAGGGUAAGUUUUUCUCAAAAUUUUGAAAAAGAGAGAAGAAGGAAGUUUCUUGUUGGAUCGUUCCCUGCUUGGAUUGGAUUGGAUUGGGCUUUUGGGUUUGGUUUUUCCAUCGUACCUGAGCUCCAUACGUGGGUGAGGAUGAGUCGUUGACAGUUGGCAGUCGGGAUGAUUGAGCGUAUGUAGUUGGGAGCGGGUUUUUGGCUAGGGUUCUACUCUUUCUUCUUUUAUAUAUAUCAUUUUUAACUAAGGUGUAUCUUCUCAU